GCCAGAUUAUACCUGGCAAUGGCGGCGAAUCUGAUUCGAUUUUGAUUUACACUGUAUAACUUAAGCCCCUCUUCUUCACUCACUUGAAGAUCCUCACAGGUGAAUUUGGGGUUAAAGGUUUAUACUUUUGCAAGUGAAAAUGGGGAAGAAGGAGAGAGCUAGACCAGAGAAGUUGUCUGUUUACCUUUACAUACCUAACAUUGUUGGGUACAUGAGAGUGCUCUUGAACUGUGUUGCCUUUGCUGUCUGUUUCUCCAACAAAACACUUUUUUCGAUCCUUUAUUUCUUCAGCUUUUGUUGUGAUGCUGUGGAUGGCUGGUGCGCUCGUAGAUUCAACCAAGUUUCAACAUUUGGAGCUGUUCUCGACAUGGUCACAGAUAGAGUUAGCACAGCCUGUCUACUCGUGAUUCUCUCUCAAGUCUACAGGCCUAGCUUGGUCUUCCUUUCAUUGCUGGCUUUAGAUAUUGCUAGUCAUUGGCUGCAGAUGUACAGUACGUUUCUAGCAGGGAAGAGCAGCCAUAAGGAUGUGAAAGACAGCACAAGCUGGCUUUUCAGACUCUAUUACGGAAACAGGAUCUUUAUGUGUUACUGCUGUGUUUCUUGCGAGGUUCUGUAUAUCAUCCUUCUUCUCAUUGCAAAGAACCAAACCGAAAAUCUCCUGAAUGUUGUAGUCGCCACUUUAACUCAGAUAUCACCACUCUCUUUUCUACUGGCUUUGACAUUGUUGGGUUGGUCGAUGAAACAGACAGUCAAUAUCAUUCAGAUGAAAACAGCUGCAGAUGUCUGUGUACUGUAUGAUAUAGAGAAGCAGCACAAGAAGCCUUGAUCUUCCUUUCCUUCUUUUUGUCUUCUGAACCUGCAACUCUGUGCUGUGUAGAAAGUAGAAACAUAACCCUAUGUUUUUUAAAUGAAAGUGAAAAGAAUAUUGAUUUGCCUUUUGUUUGUAACCAUAAUCUGAUCACAACAGUUUAAUCUAUGUUUAUGUUGAUAAUGUACACGUCAGCAUUAUCU